CUAAAUUGCAGGUAAACUGAUCAGCUCUCAGAGACGAGUUUACGGCUACAACUGGGACGAGACGCGAACGAGCAUUGGUCCCGAGGCUCUGAGUGAGUCAGGUCUUCCGCUGCAUCCGUCGCCAUUCCGCGAUUCACGUCCACGCAAGCACCUCGUCCAUUCGUGCCGGUCGAUGUCCCCGUCGUCCUCGUCCUUCGCUCCGAGCUACAGCUGCAUGAUCGAAGGCUCUGGGCGCGAUGAGGUCGAAGCGUUGAAGCGCACCGCGUUGCUCGACGAUAAGCUCAAUCAUGACGCCGCAAGUAACGAAGAGAAGACUUUGUUGCUACCAAAGGAUCAGCACGAAGAUGAUCGGAGUACUCAGAAGCGUAGAGAUGCUGCCGGAGUGCUGGGCCGCGAGGUUAUUCUCCGCUAUGUACGCUGGGCGAUGGAGAUUCUCGUCGUGAUGAUCAUCGUGGCCGGUAGUUUGAGACUUUUAUCGACCAAGACAUGCGACCAUGAAGUCAGGAGGACGCCGUCGUUCUCGUUGCACCGUUCUGGCGGGAAGUUGAUGCACGGAGGCCAUCGACUGCGCUCCUUCCUCCGCCACAUGAAAAGCCAUCCACCAGUACUAGGUGAGCUUCCGUCUGAUGCCGAUAUCACGCUUGGCGUUGAUGUGGAACUCGAGCGAGCGAUGGAUAUCUACUGUCAUGGUCCUCUUCUUCAUGCUGUUCAGAUGGCCAACGUCUUCUCCGACAGCAAAUACUUCGUCGAUAUGCCCAUCAAAGAGAACAGCAGCGCCUUUGAUAUCCUCGUGGAUUUCCAACGUCGCGAGUUGGCCAUGACCGACUAUCGCCCGCAUGCUCAUGACACGCACGAGCAACUUCUGCGCCGCUUUAUUAACGACCAUUUCGACCCUCCAGGCACAGAUUUAUUGCCGAUUACACCGUUCGACUACCAGGGACAAUAUCACCCACCGAUGGUUUCUGACAUUCAAGACAACGAGCUCCGAGACUGGGCUUUUGGCCUGCAUCAAAUCUGGCAGACCCUUGGACGCAUUCGCAACCCAAAUGUGAAAGGUUCGCUGCUUCGAUCCCGAAAAUUAGACGCACCAAGCUUGAAUCAACCUGCCAACGUGCUGAUUGUACCUGGUGGACGCUUCCGGGAGAGUUACUAUUGGGAUUCAUACUGGAUCGUUCAAGGACUUUUGGUCAGUGAUAUGCCAAUCACAGCUCGGGGUAUUGUGAACCACUUGCUGGAGUACGUCUCUGACUACGGAUUCGUGCCUAAUGGCGGGAGGAUCUACUACUUGACGCGGUCUCAGCCUCCCAUGCUCUCAGAUAUGGUGAAGCUGGUUGCUCGUCUACCUGCCGAUGGCAACGAGAGCGAGUACGAUGAAGAAUAUCUACGUGCUGCAUUGCCGAUUCUGGAGCGUGAGUACGACUUCUGGAUGCAACAUGGACCUUGUGGUCAUGCAGUGGAGCUGACUCGACGGAAUUCAAGUGCAGGAGCUAUUGAUAAGGCCACGUACGUGUUGAAUCGCUACACAUCCAAUGCCAAUCGCCCACGACCGGAGUCGUAUCGGGAAGAUGUUCUGGUUGCUGCAGAGAUUUUUGAUCGCACUAUGCAGAUGGACGGGAAUGCUGCAGCCACGGAGCGACACAAGGACAAAUACUACAAUAAUGUGAUUGCUGCUGCCGAGAGCGGCUGGGACUUCAGUAGUCGAUGGCUGCGAGAUCCCUUGGACAUGAAGUCCAUGGUGACCUCUUCAGUGGUUCCUGUGGACCUGAACGCGAUCAUGUACCGAGUAGAACGCAACUUGAUGGAGUUCAAUCGACACUUGGGUAACGAUGAUCGAGCUCAGUAUUUCGAGGGAGCUGCUGCUCGUCGACUGGAAGCCAUUGACGCUAUUCUUUGGAGUGAAAAGCACAAGAGCUGGAAGGAUUACGACUUAGAGACAGACACUCACUCAUCUAUUAUCUCGGUAUCCGACUACACUCCGCUCUGGGCGAAGGCAUUUAACUCGUCCGACAUCGACCGGCUCAAGCAUGUCGUGACUUCUCUCAAGAGCUCUGGGUUACUCCAGGUCGGUGGUGUGCAGACCACAACGAUUUUCUCUGGACAACAAUGGGACUCGCCUAAUGCAUGGCCUCCAGAGCAGGACAUUAUCGUGGAAGGCCUACUUGCAGUCAACACAACUGAGUCGUACAGCUUGGCUCGCGAGCUGUCGCAAACGUGGACGCAGACCAGCUUAACAGCUUGGAAGCAGACGGGAUUGAUGUUCGAGAAGUACAACUCAUCCGAGAUCGGCGGCUUGGGCGCUGGCGGUGAAUACUUCCCGCAGUUCGGCUUCGGCUGGACGAACGGAGUGAUUUUGAAGUUCCUCACGAUUCAUCAGAAUCUUUUGCUAGCAGAGUAGGCAACAUCGUUAUAGUAGAUCUAGAUUGUAGCGUGCAAGGGAUGAUUAAUAAAACAGUAACACAAAACUACAAAAAGAAAAGCAUCAUUUAAAGCAAGAACGCGGAGGUGUGCAGAAUGGAUGCCAAUACACGAAUAUUCGCGUAAGAC